UAGUUAAUUACACGUUUAACUCUUUCUUUAUUCCAUAAUCAAUAGGUACUGGCAUAAUCAAACAAUUCUUAAAUCUUACGUGACAAAACAAAAUUCAUCAUUUAUUAUUCAAUGAAAAUUAAAAAAAAAAAAUGUUAUAUGGUUAAAGGUAGAUUAAUUAACAUAGUAGUGCCGCUGGUAAGCAACGUAACGUAAUUGCCAGCUCUGACCGCAGCCGAGCCGAAUCCGAUGAGACCCAAGCGAUCGACCCUAUGCUUACUCUACACGCGCUUACCCGCAUCCCGGCGACCCUUCAAUUAUUCUUCUCAUCCCUUACCCAACCCUUCACUCUUUCGUCCCUUUUGCUCCCGGCGCGUUAUCAUCGCCGCACCGACCUGUAUCUCUCUUUUAUAUCUUUCGUUUUCUCUUUCUUCUUCAUCACAGAAUAUUGUCAACGAUCCAUACCUUCAACCACCUUAGCAUCAAAUUUUAGUAUUCAAUGGGUGACAUAACGGACUCCCUCACGCCGUCAACCACCACCACCACUGCCAUCGCGCCCUACUCGCGUCCGUUACCUGUCCGUGAAGAUUGCUGGAGCGAGGAGGCUACCUCGACUCUCGUGGACGCCUGGGGCCGCCGUUAUAUGGAGCUCAACCGAGGCAAUCUCCGUCAAAAGGAUUGGCAAGAUGUUGCUGAUGCCGUCAAUGCUCUCCAUGCUCACUCUAAGAAAACGCACCGUACCGACGUUCAAUGUAAGAAUCGGGUCGAUACCAUCAAGAAGAAGUACAAGGUCGAGAAGGCACGUGUCACCUCCUCCAACGGAACCCUAACAUCUUCUUGGCUCUUUUUCGAGCGCAUGGAUGCCUUAAUUGGAAGUAACGUUAAAUCAUCAUCAAGUUUUUCUCCUAAAUUAUCACAAUCUCCUCCUGUUGCCGUUCCGUUGUCGUACCGGAAAACGCUCUCUGUUAACAAUAACAAUAAUAUGAGCCAUAAUAUUAAUAGUCCAAAUUUGACGCCAAUUCCCGCGGCGACCGUCGUUGCUUUGCCACAGAAAAGAGGAUAUAACAGCGAGGGGUAUUAUAGGAAUUAUUCGGCUGUGGCUGCAGCCGCAGCUGCCGCAGAGAGUGAGGAGGAAGAGGUAGAGGAGGAGGCAGAAGAGGAAGAAAAUGAGAAUGAAGAGAAUUUUGGUGUUAAGAGAUUGGCAAAGGCUAUAGAGAGGUUUGGGGAAGUGUAUGAGAGAGUGGAGGCGGAGAAAUUGAGACAGAUGGUAGAGUUGGAGAAGCAGAGAAUGCAGUUUGCAAGUGAUUUGGAGAUGCAGAGGCUGAGGAUGUUUACGGAAAUGCAGGUUCAGUUGGAGAGGAACAAGCGUUCCAAGCGCUCCAGCUCCAAUGCUUUGUACAGAUUAGAUUUGGUUUUUAGUCUGAGCUUCAAUUGCUAUUGAAGGGAUUGCUUGAGUGCCGUUAAGAUAUAUAUAGCUAGCUAUCCUGAGGAGAGCUUUGACAGGUUUAUGUGACGGACUGAUUUGAAGAAUCUGAUUAUAUACCCAUAACCCGACAAAGUACACAUACGGUAAUACUUGCCUCAGAAUUACCAGCUAUUGGCUGGAUAAAAAAUGUUCGAACUGUUUCUCUUUAUCUUCCCUUGCCUUUCUGUUUUUCGUUUUAGUUUCCCUUGAUCAUUAUAAUUUACUUUGUACUGUUGGUAUUGGCCAACGUUUGGCUCAAUGUCUGAUUUUAAUGGUAAAAAUUGUGAUUUGAAUCGCUAACUUUGUAAGUUAAUAUUGCACACACUGUAAAGGAUUAGGUUUGUUCA